AUGUACUCCGCCGGCUACGGCUUUGGCAACAAUGCUGCUCCUUCUUUCAACAGCCCUACCCCACAGCAGCAGUCUGGAGCUCAACCAGCCGCUCAGCAGAUGAUGUAUAACCAGCAGCAGCAGUUCGCCGGUAUGACGCCUCAGGGAGGCUUCAACCCUGGCGCGAAUCCUCAAAUGAUGGCCGGUGGUCCUGGAGGCAUGAUGCCUAACGCCGGUAUGCAGCAUAUGGCUGCCAAUGGUCAGAUGGCAGGAUUCCAACAGCAAUUCCCGGGUAACCCAUAUGGCCAAGUUGUUCCCUCGUCGGUCGCUCCCCAAAACUUUGCGCCGAACUACAUGAUGGGUGGUGGUAUGCAAGGCUUUCCGAUGAACCAGGGCGGUAUGCCUCAACAACCUCAGAUGAUGCAGCGAAUGCAACAGCAGCAGCAACAACAACAAGCGCAGGCGCAGGCGCAACAACAGCAGCAACACCAGCAGCAGCAGCAACAGCAACAACACCAGCAGCAACAACAACAACAAGUUGCCAAUGCUGGUGGUAUGGGCCAGGCCUCCACCCCGCAGAGACCCCCGAGCGCUGCGCAAGGAACACCGAAUAACGCCUUACCCUCUCAACAGGGCCAGUUCCCGACUCCUCAACCUCCAUCUCAGAGCCAAACCCCAACGAACCAGCAGCAGCAACAACAACAACAACCACAGCCUCCACAACUACAGCAACCCCAACAGCCCCAAGGGCAGAUGCAGGGGCAAGUGCAACAGCAACAACCGUUAUCCGCUGGUUUAUCAACACCCCAGACGCCGACUUUCUCAAAUCAAGGGCAAACCGUUAAUGGCAGCUCAGCAGCUGUACCGCUAAGCCCUGGAACCGAAUCACGAGACAAGGAGCGUUUCGCUUUAUUAUUGGAUAUCAACCAUGAACUUCUCUACGAGUCAAUUCAGAUACAGGCGACGCAACAAGAGUUGAAGAAAGAAAGUGCUGCUGCCGGAAACACGGGAGACAAGAAGCCAUCAGAUGAGGAAACACAAUUGCAACAAGAUUAUCUUCAAUGUAUGAGGCGAUUACAAACAAACUUGUCUUAUAUGGCGGCCCUUGCAGAUCGAAAACCCGAGGUCAAAGUUCCGCCUUGUCCAGCAUAUCUCAGUGCGCCGCCACUGAAUCUUGCACUCAAACUUCGCGCUCCUGCUGUAGGAGGACCUGAGGGUUCAGAGAACAACAUCGAUCCAGUUGCAGAUCGCGAAGAGCGAAACAACAGCAUCAAGGACCUCUACUCCAGGUUACAGGCCGCAUUCCCUGGAUUUGAUCCCAAGAAAGAACCCGCUUUCCGUGGGAACGCACAAGGGGGACAGAAGCCCGGCAACUUAAUGGGAAACCAGGCCAGCCCAACAGCUCAAAGGACGCCAAAGAUCACAAAUAUGGGAGCUCCGCCAAUGCCUUAG